ACUUACCAUUGUUUACAGUGUUGCCAAUCAAAACUUUAGUGUCAUUUCAAUCUGAGCAGUGUACAUGUUGAAAACGAUUCUUAUUUUCAAAUAAAAAUAUAGAGGACAUUCAAGAAGACAUUCAAGAAGAAUGGCAGAAGAAAGUUGGCCCGUGAAGGUUUAUAUUUAUGAUAUUAGUAAAGGAAUGGCCAGGUCUUUGUCACAGGCCUUCAUCGGAAAACAGAUAAAUGGUGUAUGGCACACAGGGAUUGUUGCUUAUGGCCAGGAAUAUUAUUUUGGUGGAAUGGGUGGAAUAGAAUCUUGCCGACCAGGAGGAACAGUGUUAGGCCAACCAGACCAAAUAGAACAUUUGGGAACAACACAGAUACCUAAAGAAAUGUUCCAUAAUUAUUUGCUACAGUUAGGACAGUCAACUUUCAGACCACAUGAUUAUCACCUGCUAGAACAUAACUGUAAUAACUUUAGUUCUGAGGUUGCUCAGUUUUUGACAGGACAAGACAUUCCAUCAUAUAUUACAUCUCUUCCUGCAGAAGUCAUGAGCACACCACUAGGACAGAUGCUAAAACCUCUGAUAGAUACAAUGUCAGUCCAGCCCAGUGGUGGACAUUCUGUGUUCAGUCAACAAGAACUGAAUACCAUGUCAUCAGGAUCCCAGAAAAUGGAACAAGCACCAGGUCCGUCAGUCCAACAGGGUAAGAGUCAACAGGAAACAGUUCCAGAGGCUACAGCAGGGAACAGUUUACCAGGAUCUGCCAACAGCAGUAGAUCAGAUACAUCAAACUUUGAUCCCUCUUCUGAGGGAGAGGAGGACAUGUAUGAACCAUAUGUUUACACAGAGGCAACACCUGAUUUACAGACUCUUAAAGAUAAAAUAGGGAGUAAACUGACCACCAAAAAUUUAGAUUCACUAGAUGACAUGUAUGAGUAUUUAUCAUUAAAAGACAAAUCUCAGUGGUCACUGGGUAAAGAUCAUAUACAGUCUAUACAUACAGUGAUUGGUGACGGUAGGAUGGGAGAUGAUGUCAGAGUUGGCGUGUACAAACUUCUACAAUCUCUUGUUCUAUUUGAGGAUUUCAUUACAUUGCUACAACAUGAACCAACAGAAAUGAUAAAGAAUAUUGUACAACAUUAUGACCAGUUGACAGACACUGUACAUACAGCCAUACUAAAAUUGCUUACAAAUUUAACCAGUACACAGAAAGGACAAGAAUUUGUAAUGACAGAAUCUGAGGAUGAGAGUAGUUUAUCUUAUCUGACUAGUCAAUUCUGUAUUAAUUGUAUCUUGUCAGAUAAGUCAGAAGUCAACAACUUAAUAGCUACAGCAGUGUAUAACUUGUGUAGAUAUCAGAUACCAGAGGCACAUCAGAUAGAAAUAGGAAGUGCUGUAUUAGAAUGUUUACAGAGAGACUUAUCAGAACAAACAGCAUACCAUCUGUUAUCAUCCUUGUUACUGUUGAUGAAGAACAAUACAGAGAUGUGUGACUUGGCCAGUAUAGUUGGAAUGAACUGCUCACAACAUGAAAAAUUAUCACCUAGAGUUAAAGAACUGUGUAGUAAAGCCCAGGAAUUCUUAGCAUUGUGAUAUUUAUUAUGUUCAUAUAAAAAGAACAAUAUCAAAACUUGAUGUACAUUGUAAUGAAUUUACAGUGCAAAUCAUGGAGAUUUUUUAAAAGAUAUUUGUGAUCAUUUGUAGCAUCAGCACAUUACCCAAUUGUGAAUGUUACUUAAACUGUGCCAAUAUAGAAAGAAAAUCUAAAAAAAAUUAUGUCAAAACACAAAUACAAAGUUGCAAUACUUGCAUCCUUUAUUAUUUUCUUCGAAACGCUAAUUGAUUUUUUUUUCUUUAAAUUCCCUGUUGUGUGCUUCAACAGUGGUUCAACAUUUUUGUCAACGGAGAUUUUAAAAAGGCAUGCUGUAAAGAUUCUUUAAUAUAGUUGCUUUGAAAAGUUCUUGUGGCCCUCCACCUACCAAAAAAGUUCUAUUUUCUAUGUAGAUUUGAAUUUAACAUACUGUUAAUUAGUCAUAAUUUACAUACAGUAUUUAUUCUUGUAAUUACAAUUUAAAUGUUGUUUUUUAAUUCCAAAUAACCUGUGAGAGUUGAUAUUAUGAGAGCAAAGAAAAGGUUUUGUUUAAAUUUGAUUUAACAUUUUACAAUAUUUAUUAUACAUAUUUUAUUAUCACCACUUAAACCAUAUAUUUGUUUAGCAACCAUGGCAAAUGUCUGUUGUAUCAUGACAUGUUAUGAAAUAUGUUUUAAAAUUUUGCUAUCUUUGUUAUUUAUUUGAAAAUAAAAUGUAAUAAAAAAUGAUAAA